CACUUUUCAAAUAAAUAAAAACGCGUACAAUUUUUCGUUUAAAUUUGCACUCUUUUUUUUAGCUCCCACCUUUUCGCUUAAUUUUAUUUCAUUUCUUUUUUAUUCACAGCUUUCAACCACUCAACCAUUUAACUUGCAAUCAAUGUCGGGGUUCAACGCCAAACGCAAAAAGUACUCUUGGUUGCCUGAAACAAACCCUGCUGCUCUCUCAGGCGACCCUGGCUCCACAACCUCCACACCCAAAACCGACGCCAGCGACAAAUCUUCCAAACCGACUAAAUCGCGCACCAAGGCUAAGGCCACCAAAAAAGAUAAACUUGACCCCAACACCAACACCGACAUCAACAUCAAUACCAACACCAACACCACUGCUAUAGACGGCCUGGGCAUAGUCACCACAAUGGAGGUUCCAGGAGAACAGCCAGAAGCUACUGCUGGUAGCAGCAGCACCAACAACAACAACAACAACAACAAGCCUAUUGCGAAGGCUCGGCGUCGGUCGCGCAAAGACAGCGUGGAUGAGCUUGUGAGAUCACGGCUGCAGUCCACAAUGGCCGCACAGCAGGAGUUUCCGCAGGGUGGCGCGUUGAGAAAGACGCAGGAGGCGCCGACACCCGGGAGUAUUACAGCCAGUGUGCGCGAUGCCCUGGCGUCAGAACGCUCGGCCGCCAGGAUGUCCCCCAGCAUUGCUAUUUCUAUAUCUACCAGCACUGCUACCUCAGCCGCCACUACCACUACCACUGUGGCAGCGACUCCCAAGCAGAGAGGUGGCCGCCAUGCCCGCCAGGACAUUGUGCCGGGUACUCCCCUGAAUUCCAAGACGUCGGCUGUUCCGCGCCCGGCAUCCCCGCCUGUGCACCUGGACAGCAUUGAAAGUAAAUACUCGUUUCCGUCAUAUACGCAGCUGAACCACCGCAAUGUUACGUCGAGCAUGCGCCGUGGCGACCGUGGUGUUGGUGCCGCUGAGACCGCGCGCGGCGUGAACGUGCCGACUGGAGAGAACGUCAUUGUCGUUCACCCGGGCUCGCGCUGGCUGCGUAUUGGCCGAGCCAGCGAUCCUGUGCCUAAGGAGAUCCCACAUGUCAUUGCGCGCCGUCUGCGAACGCCGCUGACCAGACCGCUGCCGCCCCAAAAACAACAACAGCAACAGCCACAAUCAUCGCCACAACCCACUGAAGACUCGGCUGCUGAUCCAGAUGAUAUGGACGUGGACAGUGGUCCGAACGAAGCAGAAGUCACUAAGCCCAGCGAGCCAACCGCCAUGGACGUUGAGGGCAACGAGGAGGGCAAUUCCAGCGGCGAAGAUAGCGAUACUGAUGGCGCCAAGCGCUCUUUAGCCGACAUGGAUGCAGUGGACCAGACCGUCGAAAUGCUGCGCGAAGCGCUAAAGCAGCACCAGCGGCACUCCAAGCGCAAAGUGCCGCCGAACGUGUACUCGCAAGUUCUCACAUACAACGAGAAUUCGCGGCCCGAGGUGAUCCAGGACCAUAAUGACCCGUUUAAGACCGAGUGGGUGCAAGACUCGGAGAUCAAGGGAGAUCAGGUGAUUGGCGAACGGGUGCUGAGGAUAGCCGAUCCCGACAAAUUCAUCAUCCGCCACCCCCUGCGCAACGGCAGCUUCAACAUCCAGGACUAUGCCAGCGUGGAGGAGAUCCUGGGCGAUAUUGAGAGCAUAUGGACAGGUGCCCUGGAGGCGGAGCUCGGCAUUGGCCGCCGCGAGUUUUCCAAAUACGCUGUUGUCCUGGUCAUCCCCGACGUGUUCAGCCGCGUCGAGGUUGCAGCCUUGUCCGAUGUGCUUUUGCGGCGGAUGGGGUUCCAGCACUUGCUCGUGCAGCAAAGCUCCACAUUGGUGACUUUUGGCGCUGGCAUAUCCACAGCUUGCGUGGUCGACGUGGGCGCGCAAAAGACCAGCAUCGCAUGUAUUGAGGAUGGCUACUGCUACCAAGAAUCGCGUGUCAACAUAAUGUACGGUGGCGACGAUAUCACCCGCUUCCUCUUCAGACUUUUUCAGAGCAGCAGCUUCCCCUACGCCGAUGCAUCGCUUGCGCGUAUGAGCGAUUGGCUGAUGCUCAAUGAUUUGCGCGAAAAGCAGUGCACGAUGAACCUCUCGGACGUCAACAUUCGCUUGCGCGACCUAUAUGUGCGCCAGCCGAACGAGCACACGUGCAAAUAUAGCUUUAAGACGUACGAUGAGGCGUACCAGGCUCCACUGUGCCUGUUUUAUCCUGCAGCUGCCGAUGCCCUGAGUGUGUUGCCAGACUACGAACAGUCGUUUGUCCCUGCGCAGAGGCCGGAUUAUCUGGCUGAGUCCCAGCCCCGCGGAUGCCCCCACCUCACGCCGACGCAGUUUGGCACUCUGCCGGUGCGUGCGGUCGAAACCGCGAUCAAUACGGAUGACCAGGCGUCUUCCUUACAGUCAGCUGCUUUGGCAUCUACGGAGUCGGCCACGGAGCCGGCCACUGCUCCUGCAACUAUGCCGACGACCGCGCCGGGAACGCCCGAUCUUCGCCCGCAAACAAACACUACUACUGCUAUUGCGUCGGACAUCAAGGAGAUCCUGAGCACAACCUUGCCGUCCACACCAUCGGCCCCGGCCGUCUCGUAUGUGGCCGACCAGGAGCCACAGUUUUCAAGAAUCCCCCUGGACUUAGCCGUCACCCAUAGCAUUGCGCACUCAGGCUCGCAUGAUCGCGCGCGCAAAAUGUACGCGUCCGUGCUUAUUGUUGGUGGCGGCGUCUCUUUUAUACCGGGCUUCGGGGAGCUCCUGGCAAGUAGGCUGAUGCACGUGCGGCCCGAAUAUAUGAUGGCUGUGGAGCGCGCAGAAGUGGUCUCGGCACCGAGGGACUUGGAUCCCAGGGUUUUGGCAUGGAAGGGCGGUGCUGUGCUGAGCCGCUUGGAGUGCGCUAAUGAGAUGUGGGUAUCUAGACAAGAGUGGAUUGAUUUUGGCACACGGCUGCUUCGUGAGAGGGUCUUGUUCCAGUGGUAGUGUUUUUUAUUUGACAAAAGAAUGAUUUAAUGAUUUAUAAUUUUAGCCAUAAAAUGGACGCAG